GUGCAGCUUGUAGAUGUAUGUGCAGUAAACUUCCAUGUAUCCAGGCACCAUCACGUGAGCGGCCGAGCGCGGACGACUUUUCCUGAACUUCCCGACCUUCGAAUCCCAGAUUUUCUGGCUUCGUAAGCGCGCGAUACAGUCUGGCCCUUGACCACCCUGCCAUUGGACCCUUUGUCCUCAACCAGAGGUCUCUUGCUACCAUUCCCCCCUCUUACCCGCCUUAAUUCUUUUUCUCGGUCGUCAAGAUGCCCGUCACGGCGUCUCGUGCCGUGCUGCGGCAAUCGCAGUUCCUUACCCGUAGGACAGCCAUCAGGCACGCUUCGACUGGCCCCGAAGCUUCCAAGGCCAAGGAAGCCGCUUCCUCAGCUGUUUCGAAAGCAAGUGAGGGUCUUUCUCGCGUCACGGCCUCUGCGGGUCCUAUUCUCUCGAAUGCUACUCAGGCUUUGAGGAAAGUCGGAGGGAGGACAGGAAAGGUUAUCUCUUUCGUCGAUUCAUUGAUACCCCCUACCGUCUACUACUCGAAAGUCGCAUUCGAGCUCGCCAAGUUGGUUUUCCGUGGUCAGAACAUGUACCCUCCAAACCUGGCCACCUUCCAAUCCUACUUCCAGCCUCUUAUCAAUGCUGCUCGCAAUCCCGCUACGAUCAAGAACCUCAACCUUCCGUCUACUCAGGGCAUUGUGGCACGCGUCCGUAACGCCAACAAGAAGGAGAUUGCUUUCGCUGGAGUAACUGCUGCUGAGGUCAUUGGAUUCUUCACCGUUGGCGAAAUCAUCGGUCGGAUGAACUUUAUCGGAUACAAGGGGGAAGCGCACCAUGACCACUAGGUGGUUCAAUAACAAAUAACCGGCCUUGUUUUCUUUUCCUUUAUUUGCUCUACGCGCUGUACUAUUGUAUGAUAGACGAUGGAGUCAACUGUUGUCUGCAGUAGACUUUUUCGAGUGCGAUUUCCCGCGGGCCAUUUGACGAGUUCUUUGUUUCCAAGGAGUUUCCGUUUCCCUCUGCACCUCGGAAUCGUCGGUUGAACGCAUUGAUGGGGGUCUGAGUUCCAAAGCCCGCACAUAUUGCCCAGUGAUUUUACCGCUUUUGAACCAUCUAUAUAUGCGAGAAGAAAUUACGUUCCAUGUCUCCGGUGCUCCUAGGAGUAGCAACCAUAAUCGGUCUGAAAUGGGCCGGUU